AUGACCGCGCCACAGGCGUGCACUGACAGACAGUAUUCAGGCAAAAUUGCCGCCUAUGCAGAGAUGGUCUACGGUUUCCUGAUGACAGCGGCCAAGGCAGGAUCCAAGCUGAUCUUGGCAAAGAGGAUUUUGCCACCACAGGCAGUGCCAGUCGAGCUCCCCAUUGAUUUUCCUUUUGCUUUGCAACAGCAGGCCCCAGCUACCCCGGACGAGGCAGCUGAGGAUUACGAUGAUGAUCUUCGAGAUGGAUCAGAGGCCAACCAACAGGCAGAUCCAGAUUUGACGGCCGCGAAGGAGCAGCUGAUUUUCCCAGACACAGGUUUUGUUCUUUCCGCCUUGGAUGUGGCAGACGCGUUCUUGACGGAGGCAGGUGACGAGAUCAGUUUUCUCAAGCGCAAGCAUUUGCUCACUGUUGAAGGCAACAUUUUGAUCACGCCGCACGAGAGAAGACAGAAGAAGAGGAGAGAAGAUGAGAAGAGAAGACGAGGAGAGAAGACGAGGAGAGAACACGAGGGGAGAAGUCGAGGAGAGAAGACGAGGGGAGAAGACGAGGAGAGACGACGAGGGCGGAAGACUUGUUGGGAAGACGAGGAGAGAAGUCGAGGGGAGAAGACGAGAAGGGAAGACGAGGAGAGAAGACGAGAUGAGAAGACGAGACGAGGAGAGAAGACGAGGAAAGAAGACGAGAUGAGAAUCAGUGAAGACGAGGAGAGAACACGAGGAGAGAAGACGAGGAAGGAAGACGAGAUGAGAAUCAAUGAGAAGACAAGGAGAGAAGACGAGAAGAAGACGAGAGGGGAAGACGAGCAGAGAAGACGAGAUGAGAAGACGAGGAGAGAAGACAAGGAGAGAAGACGAGGAGAGAAGACGAGGAGAGAAGACGAGGAGAGAAGAAGACGAGGAGGAGAGAAGACGAGGGGAGAAGAUGAGAAGGGAAGACGAGGAGAGAAGACGAGGAGAGAAUCAGUGAAGACGAGGAGAGAACACGAGGAGAGAAGGCGAGGAGAGAAGACGAGGGGAGAAGACGAGAAGGGAAGACGCGGAGAGAAGACGAGGAAAGAAGACGAGGAGGAGAGAAGACGAGGGGAGAAGACGCGAAGGGAAGACGAGGAGAUAAGACGAGGAGAGAAGACGAGGGGAGAAGACGAGAAGGGAAGACGAGGAGAUAAUCAGGGAAGACGAGGGGAGAAGAGGAGAGAAGACGAGGAGACCAUUUCCGGCUCCAGCUGCUAG